AUGAAUGACUCGUUGUCGAAGAUUACUUCGAUGAUAGAGUCCGCAAAGGAUCUAUCAAUUGAAGCAGCGAUGUCAGCUUCAUCAAAAUUAAUGGACUCAACAACAUCAAGACCUCAUGAGAUCUCCAAUUUAUUAAAUUCAAGAUCAAAUAGAGAUAUAUUAAAUGGUAUGAGAUGUGUAAUAUCAAUAAUUUCAAAAGAAGAAGAUGGAUUACCAUAUUUUGCAGAUGUUGUUAAAAAUAUUACAAAUGAAAGUUCAAAAGUUAGACAAUUAGUUAUGAUUUACUUAACAAAAUAUGCUGAUGCAGAAGCUGAUACUGCAUUACUUUCAAUAAAUUCAAUUCAAAAAUCAUUAAAUGAUAAAAUACCUGCCAAUAGAGCUAAUGCUAUAAGAUCCUUAGCUGGAAUUAAAAUUGGAUCAAUUGUACCUAUCUUAACGUUAAGUUUGAAAAGAACUUCAACUGAUCCAUCACCAUUAGUUAGAGCAUCAGCAGCAUUAUCCAUUGGGAAAAUUUAUGAUAUAGCAGGAAAAUCAAGAAAACAAAUUUAUGAAAUUUUGGGUAAUCUAUUGGCUGAUAGUGAUGUAAUUGUCGUUGCUGCUGCAAUUAAAACUUUUUACAGAAUUAAGAAUAAAUUGAAGAAUCCUAAAAAAUGGCAAUACAUACAUGGAAAUUUUAGAAGAUUUUGUUCAUUAAUUACAAAAUUUGAUGAAUGGACUCAAGUGUUUAUAAUGGAAAUAUUAACUGAAUAUUGUCGAACUUUUAUUAAAAGACCUACUAAUGAAGAAGAAAUUGAUCCAGAUUUAAACCUAUUUAUUACCUCCUUACAACCAUUAGUACAAUCGAUAUCAGAUAUAGUUAUAAUAAGUGUCGCAAAGUCAAUUUAUUUAUUAGCACCAACCUACUUCCAGGAAUAUCAUUUGGAGAUAAUGUUGCUUAGAAUUGCAACUACAUCACUGGAUCAAGAAAUUGCAUUAUUUGCGUUACAGUCAAUAUUACUAGUAUGCAAAUAUGAUCCUAAAUUUUAUGCAAAAAAGUUCAAACAGUUUUAUUUGACACCUGAUGAAUUUAUACAAGUAUCAUUAUUGAAAUUAAACAUUCUAGCCCUAAUAGCUAAUGAAGAAAAUUUUAAAUACAUUUUGGAAGAAUUAAAAUAUUAUGCAUUAUACUCAAAAAAUACUUUAGUAUCAAAGGAAUCAAUAAAUGCAAUGGCAAAAUGUUCAACAAUAUCUUCAGAAUGGAGUCAAAAAAUAUUAAAUUGGUGUUUGACCAAAUUAGAAAAAUUAAAAGGAAAUUUAAUGAGUGAAAUUUUAACUGUUAUACGUUAUAUCAUUCAACAAAAAUAUGAUUUAAAUGGAGAAUCUGAAAAGUUCUACAUUGUGAAAAUAUUAAAAAAAUUAGCAGCAAUUUUAGAUAAUAAAGAUUUGGAUUUAGAAGAUAAUGCUAGAGCAUCAAUUAUUUGGACAAUUGGUGAAUAUACUAUAUUGGCUGAUAAUUUAAUUGGACCAGAUGUUUUAAGAGUUUCAAUAAAAAAUUUUGCACAAGAACCUGAAUCAGUGAGAUAUCAAUUGUUAGUUUUGGCAUGUAAAAUUGCAACAUAUGAACUUAACAAAAUUGAAAAUGACCACUCAGAAGAAGAUAGGGAUACGGUAAAUUUGAAAGUACAAGAAUCGAUCGAGUUCAAAAUGUUUCAACAUGUUUUACAUUUGUGCAAAUAUGAUAACUCAUAUGAUACCAGAGACCGAAGUAGGAUGUUUAAUGUUUUAUUAAAUUCUGGUUCUGAUAGAUCACAAUUAUCUUCGUUAAUAUUUCAAGCUCCAAAACCAAUUCCAUCAGUUGAGAUAAACGGAGAUGAAUUAAACAAUAAAUCUAUAACUAAAUAUUUUAAAAUUGUUGAUUGGACUAAAAAUCAAAAGGAUUUACCAUCAUCUUCAAUAAGAGAUGAAACUCCAAUACAAUAUAACAAAUUAUCAAGUUCUUCAAAUGCAUUUAAUAAAAAAUCCCCAAGUCCAAUUAGUUUUAAUGAAAAUUCUUUUUCUUCAAAACAAGUUAAUGAAUUACCAAAUUUAAUAAAGUCCAAGAAUUUAGUUACACAAUCUGCAACGAAAGCUAGUUCGUAUAAGUUACAAAGUUUAGAUGAAUUUUUCGGAAGUGAGGAAGAAGAAUCUAGUGAAGAAGAAGAAGAAGAAGAAGAAUCUAGUGAAGAAGAAGAAGAAGAAGAGGAAUCAAAUGACGAAGAUGAACAGGAAUUGGAAGCGGGUUCAAAAGAGUCCGAAGAAGAAGAAGGAUCCGAAGAAGAGGGGAAUCAACAGAACAAAUUGAGUCUAGACAAAAACAUAUAG